CCUCUCACUGUCACACUGAGCGACAGGAAGAGCGAGACGACGGGACCGGAGACUGAGCGUGAAUUAGACUGGGGAGGCUCGCAGAGGAUCACGAUCCCACUUUCAGCUCCUGGGGGAGGAAGAAAAUUGACCAGUGACUUCACAUUUAGAGCAGGGAAGCAAAGUGGAGGAUAAAACAGACGGGUGUCCUCUCUGGGACUGCGGGAGCGAAGCGACGCGGGGGACACACAGAUGUGAGCGACGCGCAGGGACACUCAGGUGCAGAGAAAUCAAAGUGGCGGCGCUCUUAGGAUGCAGAAGUCACCGGUGGAAGAUGCGAACUUCCUCUCCAAGUUUUUCUUCUGGUGGACAUCACCUCUGUUGAGGAAGGGCUUCAGACAGAAGUUGGAUCUGACUGAUGUGUACAAGGCCCCUUCUUUUGAUCUGGCAGACAACCUCUCUGAGAGACUCGAAAGAGAAUGGGACAGGGAGGUGGUGUCGGCCAAGAACAAGCCCAGGCUGAUGAGAGCACUGGCCCGCUGCUUCUUCGGCCCUUUCGCCUUCUUUGGUGUCCUCCUCUACCUAGGGGAGGCUUCCAAGACGGUCCAGCCUCAGCUUUUAGGUCGGAUCAUUGCUUCCUUUGACCCGUUCCAUGCUCCGGAGCGAAGCCAGGGAUAUUUCCUGGCCCUGGGGCUAUGUCUCCUCUUCACUGCCCGCUUCCUCCUGUUACAGCCUGCCAUCUUUGGCCUGCAUCACCUGGGCAUGCAGAUCCGAAUUGCCCUGUUCAGCCUCAUAUACAAGAAGACCUUGAAGCUGUCCAGCCGAGUCUUGGAUAAGAUCAGCACUGGUCAAUUGGUCAGUCUGAUGUCUGCCCAUCUCAACAAGCUGGAUGAGAGUCUGGGUCUGGCCCACUUUGUGUGGAUCACCCCGCUGCAAUGUAUAUUGUGUGUGGGUCUGAUCUGGGAGCUGAUUGAGGUGAAUGGAUUCUGCGCUCUGGCAGCACUGACUCUUCUGGGCAUCGUCCAGGCCUGGCUCUCCCAGAAGAUGGGACCUCAUAGGGUGAAGCGAGCAGGGAUGAUCAGCCGCCGACUGGCUCUCACCUCAGAGAUAGUGGAGAACAUUCACUCAGUGAAGGCGUACGGCUGGGAGGAGGUGAUGGAGACAAUCAUCAAAAACAUUAGACAGGAUGAGAUGACGCUGACGAGGAAGAUCGGCUCUCUGCGGUACUUCUACAGUGCCUCCUACUUCUUCUCUGCCAUCUUGGUUAUCGUGUCGGCCAUCGUGCCCCACGCGCUCAGCAAAGGCAUCAUCCUGCGUCGAAUAUUCACCACGGCCUCCUAUUGCAUGGUGCUACGAAUGACACUGACCCGCCAGCUGCCAGGUUCCAUCCAGAUGUGGUAUGACACGCUGGCACUAGUCAAGAAGAUUGAGGAAUUCUUGAUGAAGGAAGAAUACAGAGUGUUGGACUAUAACCUGACUACCACUGAAGUGGAGCUGGUCAAUGUGUCUGCAUCCUGGGACGAGGGUAUUGGUGAGCUGUUUGAGAAGAUCAAGCAAGAGAGCAAAGCUAAUGGACACAUGAACGGUGACGCCGGACUGUUCUUCACCAACCUCUACGUCACACCUGUCCUCAGAAACAUCAGCCUGUACCUGGAGAAAGGCAAGAUGCUGGCGGUGGCUGGUUCCACUGGCUCAGGAAAGAGUUCACUGCUCAUGAUGAUCCUAGGAGAGCUGGUGCCAACAGAGGGUAAAAUCAGACACAGCGGCCGUAUUUCAUUCUCACCACAGACGUCUUGGAUCAUGCCAGGGACAAUUCGUGACAACAUCCUGUUUGGCCUGACCUAUGACGAGUAUCGCUACACCUCCAUCAUCAAGGCCUGUCAGCUGGAAGAGGACUUCGCCUUGCUGCCUGAGAAAGACAAGACGCUCCUCUUUGAAGGAGGGGUGACCCUCAGCGGCGGUCAAAGAGCACGCCUCGGCCUGGCCAGGGCUGUGUAUAAAGAUGCAGACCUCUACCUGCUGGAUGCACCUUUCACCCACCUGGACAUCGUGACAGAGAAAGAGAUCUUUGAGAAAUGCAUCUGCAAACUCAUGGCCUCCAAGACGCGUAUUGUGGUCACCAGCAAGUUGGAGCAUCUCAAACGAGCGGAUAAAAUCCUUCUCCUCCACAACGGAGACUGUUAUUUCUACGGCACCUUCUCAGACCUGCAGGCCGAGCGCCCAGACUUCAGCUCCCUCCUGCUCGGUCUGGAAGCUUAUGACAACAUUAACGCAGAGCGGCGCAGCUCCAUUCUCACAGAAACUCUUCGCCGGGUCUCAGUGGACGAAACCGCUGGUUUUCGAGGGCAGGAAGCAAAACGUCAAUCGUUCCGCCAGGCACCACCUUCAGUAAUUGUUUCUGGGUCUCAGAGCCAUCCAGUAGGUGAUGGGUACCCAGAAAAACGUAAACACUCCCUUAUUCUAAAUCCUUUGGCAGCUGCCCGCAAGUUCUCCUUCAUUGGGAACUCCCAGCAGACUGGGAACACACCGCAGUCCUCGGCAAUCGACGACGGGGUCCGUGAACUUUCAGAGAGAAAAUUCUCUGUGGUACCAGAGGAUGAUCAAGUGGAGGAGGUGCUCCCAAGGAGUAACAUGUACAAUCAUGGGUUGCAGCAUCUCAACGGGCAGAGGCGCCAGUCUGUCUUGGCAUUCAUCACAAAUGCUCAGGGCCAUGAGCGCAGAGAACAAAUGCAGUCGUCCUUCCGAAGAAAGCUGUCCAUCACUCCACAGUGCGAUUUGGCUUCUGAGUUGGACAUUUACGCCCGCCGCCUGUCCAAGGACAGUGUCUAUGACAUUAGUGAGGAGGUGGACGAGGAAGACAUGGAGCAAUGCUUUGCAGAUGAACGCGAGAAUGUGUUUGAAACUACCUCAUGGAGCACUUACCUACGCUACAUUACCACCAAUAGGAGCUUGGUCUACGUCUUAAUUUUCAUCUUAUUUGUCUUUGUCAUUGAGGUUGCCGGUUCUGUCAUUGGCAUUUUCCUCAUUACUGACACAAUCUGGAGAGACGGCGCCAACCCUUCAUCACCUAACUACAUUGAUGAGCAGCACCCCAACGCCUCGUCGCCCCCUGUCCACCUGGCUGUUAUUGUCACACCGACCAGUGCUUACUACAUCAUCUACAUCUACGUAGCCACGUCGGAGAGCGUGCUGGCCUUGGGAUGCUUCAGGGGUCUCCCCUUAGUGCACACACUACUCACUGUGUCCAAAAGGCUGCAUGAGCAGAUGCUUAGCGCUGUGCUACGAGCCCCCAUGGCUGUGCUCAACACUAUGAAAUCAGGCCGGAUCAUGAACAGAUUCACCAAGGACAUGGCCACCAUAGAUGACAUGCUGCCUCUGGUGCUGUUUGACCUCAUCCAGCUGACGCUAAUCGUCACAGGAGCCAUCUUCACUGUGUCCAUCAUACGGCCGUACAUCUUCAUCGCUGCCAUCCCGUUGGCUGUUAUCUUCAUUGCGCUCAGGAAGUACUUCCUACGAACUGGACAGCAACUCAAACUACUGGAGGCUGAAGCUCGUAGCCCCAUCUUCUCCCAUCUCAUCAUCUCACUAAAGGGCUUGUGGACGAUUCGGGCAUUUGGGCGUCAGACCUACUUUGAGAUGCUCUUCCACAAGGCCCUGAACACUCACACGGCCACCUGGUUCCACUACCUGGCCACACUGCGGUGGUUCCUCUUCCGCUGCGACAUGAUCUUCGUCCUGUUCUUCACCGCCGCUGCCUUCAUCGCCGUGGGAACCAACCAGGACAAACCAGGGGAGAUUGGGAUAAUUGUUGCCCUGGCCAUGCUCAUCCUGGGGACUUUCCAAUGGGCUGUCAUCACCAGCAUCACCGUAGACGGGCUGAUGCGUUCUGUGGAUCGGGUGUUCAAAUUCAUUGACCUGCCAUCAGAGGAGCCUUUGCCAGAAAAAUCUGGAGGUAAAGGAGGUCCUGACCUUGUCAUUGACAACCCUCACGCCCAUGACUGUUGGCCCAACCGCGGCCAGAUGGACAUCCAGGGCCUCACCGUCAAAUACACAGAGGCUGGACGUGCCGUCCUCAACGACAUCUCCAUCUCUGUGGACGGGGGACAGAGUGUGGGUCUGCUGGGUCGAACGGGUUCAGGGAAGAGCACCCUGCUGUCUGCUCUGCUGCGCCUCGCCUCCACCGAUGGAGAGAUCUCUAUCGACGGCGUUUCCUGGAGCUCCGUCUCCCUGCACACGUGGAGGAAAGCCUUCGGAGUGGUGCCGCAGAGAGUCUUUAUUCUGACGGGGACUUUCCGGAUGAACCUGGACCCACAUGGACGUUACAGUGAUGAGGAGCUGUGGAGAGUGGCCGAGGAGGUGGGUCUGAAGUCAGUGAUCGAGCAGUUCCCAGACAAGCUGGACUUUCAGCUGGAGGACGGGGGCAGCGUGCUGAGCAACGGACACAAACAGCUGAUGUGUCUCGCCCGCUCCAUCCUGAGCAAGGCCCGCAUCCUGCUGCUGGAUGAGCCUUCCGCCUACCUCGACCCCAUAACACUGCAGGUCCUGAGGAAGACGCUGAAGCAGGCGUUUUCUGGCUGCACCGUCAUCCUGUCAGAACACCGGGUGGAGCCGCUGCUGGAGUGUCAGACGUUCCUGAUGAUCGAGGGCAGCUCCAUAAAGAGCUACGACACCAUUCAGAAACUGAUGAACGAGAUGAGUCACCUGAAGCAGGCCAUGAGCCCGGCCGACCGGCUCCGCCUCUUCCCGACGCUUCACCGGCUCAACUCCGGCAAGAGGGCACCGCCACCGGCCGCCAAGAUCUCCUCCCUGCCAGAGGAGGCCGAGGACGAAGUCCAGGACACUCGACUCUGAGUGGCCAGCCGCACACCAACGCUCGCUCCCGCACCGGUCUGAUCCAGUGCCUCGAUCCUGAUGACUUUGGGUCAUCUCCUGAAGCUUUGUUGCUCAAAAUAACCUCUUGAGGACCACAGAUAUAAUAUAUUAUUCAAUCGUAGUAAAAUUCUAAUUUCACUGAAUCCUAAUUGACUAAAAUCUAAAAGAGAAAAACAUAGAAGGCCAAAGCCAAAUAAGCCAAAUGUUCCUGUAUUUACUUGAUUUUUUAUAAAAACUAGUCAAUUUGAAGAAGAAAUAUGUGAAGACACAAGCACAGAUGAUGCAUGCCAUCAAAAGUCAUGUGUAUAACAUUUUGCCAGCGAGCCACCAGCCCUGCCCAUGACUCCUACAGUUCAAUUCUGCAAGAGUGUGAAUGAGGUGUGCACAGUGAAGAAUGGAGAGGCUGAAAUCACAGGAAUAAAAACUUUGAACUGGUGAACACAAGAACACAAGGUUUAGAAGAUUCUGCUGUAAGCCUGUCAUACAGGCACACACAAUAACAUUGUGUGUGCAGUGCAGGUGUGAGCUGCAGGGGGAAAUCUGAGUGUUUCUACCAGAGGCUUGGAAGAUGAAAUCCUUUGCUGUCAAACCACUCCAAGUGCCUCAGCAGGUUUCAGACACACAGAUGCCCUCUGGUGCUCAACAAGCUGUAUAUUGUCUCUCUCCAUUGCUUUGAAAAAGCAUCACGUCCAUCACAUAUAUUAUUGGUUUCUGUUGUGGUGUUACUCACUAAGAAGAGUAACUACUGAACAGUUUCCACUGGAGCACCUAGAAGCCGCUGUAGAAGUCUGACUCCUCACAUACUGUACAUCUACAUCUCUGAUGAGGGUGGAACUUCUGUACAGUUUGAAAUUGAGCAUUGUCAGAAAACUAUAUAAAAAAUAAUAGCCAUCUUAAUAUAAUAACAUGUUUGUUCUCCAUUUUGGUCCAGUGGACGCAUAGAACCUUUAAGAGAGACGUGGAUUCAGAACCAUGAAACUAACUUGGUCACCAAGAGUCGGUUCAUGCGACAUGAUGUGAUUCCUAUUUAACACUAGGGCAUCACCCUCCCUACAGGAGGCCCACAAACCUCUUGUACAUGUAGAUGUGAAUUCUGAACAGAGCAGAUAAAUCUGAAAAAAAAACGCUCUCUCAUUUUGAUGGGGGAGAAGGAAGAAGCAGUUCAUUGGGUUCAGAAUUUCACAAUUAGGUCAGAAGUUCAGUAUUAAUGAACUGGGGUCAUUAUUUAACAUUAUUGUAUUAUUUUGCAGCAUAAAAGAGGAUUCGUUAAGUGAUUCAUAAGGAGGACUAAUUUCCUACUUGUGAGUGUCAUUGAGACAAUUUCACUGUUUCAAUGGUUCAUGCACCAUAAUUGUAACUUGGAUUGGACUGGAAAAAAUAAAUUUUACUAAUCUGGAUCAGGGUUUCGUGAACCUUGAAGUCUGCUUUAGAUGCAGUGAGACUUCUCCAGUGGCUCCACGUGCAUCAUUGAAGCUUUUUAAUUUGCUUCAGUAUCUUUCUAUGUUCGAGUAGUCAGUCUAACCUCGCGUCACUUCUGUCAACACAUCAACAGGAGCGGUGACGCUGUUGGCUGACGCUCACGGUAACCGAUGACUCAAAUACCUACUCAAAUUUCUAUGUGUAUGCACUUUAGAGACACCCUGAGGUACUCUUCGGCCUUCACUGCAAGGAAACAGUCAAGUCAUGAAAUGCUGCACCACAAAUUUAUGUUGAUCAGAUCUUCCACAAAACGUAGAUCGUAUCUCUGACGACAAAUUGAUUUUCCGCCUUUAUUGCUUGAUGAAUUAUAGAAGGAGCAGGGAAUUCAUCAAAAAACACUUUUCUAUGUGAAAUAAAAUAUAUUUUUUCAGAGCCACUGCUGUACAAACGAGCAUUUAGCCUUUCUUUGUGUAUCAUUUCCCACGUUUUUUUGGCUGAGGGAAGAGCGCGUAGCUCCUUUCAUACUGAAUAAUGGUAUUGUACAGAACUGUUACAGAAAUUUAAGGUACCGUGGAGAAAUUCCUUAAUGUGUUAACUGUGACAGAUUUUUUUACAGUGUAAAUUAAAGACAAAACAGUUUCUUAUUCAUAGGAAAGAGAUGCAGAUGUCCAAUAAAUAAAUAAAUAAAAAUGUAUAAAUGGAUUUGUUCAAUCAACUAUAUUUCCAGUAAAACUAAAGAUUUUGAGAACUC